AUGGCUUCAGCAGUCCACCCGGCAAAUCUUCAGACCAACUUCAAAGGUCCCCUAGAUACAGGGGCGCUUCACAAGCUCCCUCGUUUGACUCCAAGGAAGAAGCCUACAAAAAUAGAGAAUCCUCUACCUGUGCCAGAAGCACCACCUCUGCCCUCACCACCAAAUACUUCAGAGCUCAAAUUCAACGAGCCUACGCGGAGGAUUCUGAGUUAUCACGAUCAUGAUUUGUUUCUAGCAUCGUCUACAUACUCGUUGAUCCUCUCCUUCGUCUUCUCCCUCUCCGAAUCCGCCCAGGACAAAAAGAUCUCGUCUGUCACAUCCUCGAACUGUGAUCCUGUGAUCCGUCAAUUGCUUGACAUCUUAGAUGAAGUUGAAGAUCUUGUACAUCAAAAUCCUCCUGUCGCACAGGGUACCUCACGCUUCGGAAAUUCAGCCUUCCGCUCCUUCAUCGAUGCUGUCUCUUCCUCAACAACGGCUUAUCACCAAAACCUUGGCCUCACAUCCGAAUCGUGCAUCACGGAAGUCUCCACGUACUUCCAUCACUCUUUCGGCAACAGUCUCCGUAUCGACUACGGCUCCGGCCAUGAGCUCAACUUCAUCAUUUGGCUGCUCUGCUUGAACCGGCUUUCCCUCCUGCCACCAUCCAGCUUUUCAAGCGUUACACUCCUUGUUUUCCCUCGCUACGUAAGACUGCUGCGCAAGCUACAGAGCACAUAUUACCUCGAGCCAGCAGGCUCACAUGGCGUUUGGGGUCUUGACGACUACCACUUCCUUCCCUUCCUCUUUGGGGCAUCGCAAUUGCUACAUCAUCCUUACAUUCGCCCGAUGGCUAUUCACAAUGAAGUCAUACUCGAAGAGGAGGGUGAUGAGUAUCUGUACCUGGACAUGGUCCGCUUUACCAUGGCAUCAAAGACAGUGAAGGGGUUGAAAUGGACACAGCCAAUGUUAGAUGAUAUCUCAGGCGCGAAGAAUUGGGGGAAAGUGGAGCAGGGUAUGAAGAGGAUGUUCGCGAAAGAAGUUUUGGGGAAAUUACCGGUCAUGCAGCACUUUUUAUUCGGAAGCUUAGUGCCUGCGGUAGCAGAAAUGGGUGGCGAGAAGAUUGGAAGCGUGCCACCGGAGAGUGAGGAGAUGGAAGGCGGAGAGGUCGUUCUGGAUGAGCAUGGCACAAGGCACGGACAUAGAGACGGUGGCUGGGGUGAGUGCUGUGGGAUCAAGAUACCAAGCACUGUUGCUGCUAGCCAGGAGGCGAAGAAGGAGGGCCGGAGAGAGGAGUUGCGGAGAGUGCCAUUUGAUUGA